AUGGCCAAAACCACCUGGCUGCGCUGCCGGGUGCUGGAGGGGAAGGACCUGCCCGCCAAGGACGUGUCUGGCUCCAGUGAUCCCUACUGCGUAGUCAAGGUGGACAGUGAGGUGGUGGCCAGGACGGCCACGGUGUGGWAGAGCCUUCUGAACCCUUUUUGGGGUGAGGAAAUCACCCUGUGCCUGCCCCGGGGGUUCCACAGCCUCGCCAUUUACGUGCUGGACGAAGACACAGCAGGGACACGGGACGAUGUCAUCGGCCAGGUGUUGCUGAGCCACCAGCAAAUCUCGGCCGAGCCGCGGGGUCAGUUCGGCUGGCUCAGCCUGGCACCUGUGAAGCCCAACCGGGAGGUGCAGGGCGAGAUCCACCUGGAGCUGCGAGUCCCCGAGCGGGGCCACCCGCGGGUGCUGCGCUGCCACCUCAUCGAGGCCAGGGACCUGGCCCCCCGGGACCCCUCGGGCACCUCGGACCCCUUUGCCCGGGUGUCGUGCUGCGGGCACACGUUGGAGACAGCCGUGAGUGAUCAAAAAACCCGCUUCCCCCGCUGGGAUGAGGAGCUGGAGCUUCCAGGGGAGCUGCGAGAGGCUGUGCUGAGCGUGGAGCUCUGGGACUGGGACAUCGUGGGCAAGAACGACUUCCUGGGCUGGAUCUUCCAUGGAUAUGGGUGCUCCAUCCCAGUGGAGCGGAUUCGAGCCGUGGAGCGCGUGGAUGAGGGCACCUUCCAGCACCCGCACACCCUGCAGGUGGUGACACAGGUGACAGCGCAGGUGACAGGGGGACCCGCCGGGGACCGGCUGCCUGAGGUGCUGCGAGACCUGGACAUCGCCCACGCCGCCUUCACGCACCGUGACGAGAGCCCAGAGCCACCCCCAAGUCCCCUCCCUGCCCCGAAACCCCCGAGCCCCCCGAGCCUCCCCCCCUCAGCCCACGCCGGGAGGGGCGGGGACGCCCGUGCGGUGACAGAGGGGACGCGGGGACAGCAGCCCGGCACGGGGUGUAUUCUGUAA